CGGCAAAGCAGCUCGUUUACAGCGUGUCUCUACGAGUGACGCGCGCUGCUUUGCAAACAGUGCAACCAUAACCGCGUGGAUCACCGUUUCCAUGAACUAGUUUCGUGGUUAUUGUGUUGGUGUGCGCACUCACGGACCGCGACCGAAAAGCCAUUCACACGUCCUUGAGGCACGGGUUGCUCGAGGACUCACUGGGCAGUGAGACUUGCAGACCAAAUGGACUGACGGGCUGUGCCGCUAUGUGAAGGAAACGUCGGACUCCAGAGGGGAAAAGCCGUGCAACGCGAUGGAUACUGCGUGGGAAUCACGAGGACGGAGUUUGCACGCCCGGAGGGAGACUGAGAGCGCGAGGGGAUUGGCUUCUAAAGAUUAGCGAGCGCGGUUGCUGGAUUUCCCCAAUGGCAUGCAAAAGCAGAGAAUCCUCCGCAGCGAACGGAUCGGUUUUGGUUUGCUCAGUAGUGGAGCACGUUUAUAUGGUGUACUGGUGGAACAGAUAACGGCAGGAGCUGUGGUCUUUUUUUUUUCUUUUAAUGCAGAGAGCCUACAGGAGGACGCAUUCAGUGCCAUGAACAUGCCUUUUGAUGAAAAGAUUUUCAAAGCGGCACGAGACGACUCACAAAAACUACUUAUUUGAUCUUUUGUUUUUAAAUGAACGGGUUGCGCUGUCCAUGGUCCUGAUAUCCACGGGAUGGUCGAAACGCUGAGCAUCGCUGUCAUCGGUGCGCCCGGAGUGGGAAAAACGUCCAUAAUCCGACAGUUUAUUUACAACGACUUCUCCGACACAUACAGCCCCACUAAAACGCGAUACGUGUACCGACCCUCCGUCAUUCUCAACGGGGUCAUGUACGACCUCAAGAUUCUGGACGUCCCGCCAUUUCCCUCUUUCCCUUCCAGCCCCACUCAGGAGUGGCUGGACGUACGAUGCAGAGGCGUACGUACUGCCAGUGCUUACAUCUUGGUCUAUGACAUCUGCUGUGUUGAGAGCUUCGAAUAUGUUAAGAUGAUACGACAGCAGAUUGUAGAUAACAGAGAGAGCAGCAGUGAGGUUCCCAUCCUGGUGGUGGGCAGUAAGAGAGACCUGCAGAGACAUCGUUUCACGCAGCGCCGGGCUGUCUCCGUCCUGGUCAAGCGGACGUGGAAGUGCGGCUACGUGGAGUGCUCCGCCAAGCACAACUGGCACGUGCUCCUCCUCUUCAAAGAGCUGCUGGGCAUCGCAGUGGCUCGCGGCCUGCGCCACAACCACACCGCCAUACGCCUGCAGGGGGCGCUGCAGAGGAACCGCUGCUGUGUCAUGUGACCACUUGCUGUGGAUCACCUGACCUUCCUGGGUGGGGCAAAACAGACAUGAGAAGAUAAAGCAGGGGGGAUUAACCAUCAGUCGAAAUGGCUGCCGCUCUUACUACACCCAAGGGCCUGUUUACUGGUUCUGGAGCUGAGAUGAUAUUAAUGUUGGUGCAAAAACAUUGUUUUUUCCUCACCACGUUGCUUUUUUUUCUCUCCCCUCAGUCCAAAACA